AUGGGCGAUAGCGAUGAUGAAUACCAUAGACGUGGUGGGCGUGAUAAGUUCGCACGUGAGCGGAAUGAUUAUCCAGACCGGACACGACGCGACUACGACUAUGACAGACGCGGCGGAGGUGGUGGUGGGGCUGGUGGUGGUGGCGGAAGUAAUGCAUAUCAACGAGGUGAUUACGCAAAUGGCUCAUCGAUGAAACGCUCUUCAUCGCGUCGUGACGAUUACGUAUCCAACACGAAACGUAGCCGAAUUGACAGUGCGUCCGACACGUAUGAUCCUGUGAUGAAAACAUCUACGGAUGAAGAACCAGUGCCGGUAAUGAUGACGUUCAAAAAAUUCCUUGCAACACAGGAUGAUUCAAUAACCGAUGAAGAAGCAAUUGCUAAAUAUUCAGAAUAUAAGUUGGAAUUUAAACGACAAGAGCUGCACAAGUUCUUUCUGGCACAUAAGGAUGAAGAGUGGUUCCGUCUAAAAUAUCAUCCAGAAGACAGUGGUAAACGAAAAGCUGAUCAAAAGGAAAAUGUAUUGCGUCGAUUGGAAAUUUUCCAAAACCUUUAUGACGAAGGGUGCAUCGAUAAGUUGCAAAUUGAUUACGAUUAUGCACCAGAAAUCAUACGGAUCAUGGAUACACUGGUUGUCAAAUUGGAAGGUGGGACAGAAGAUGAUGUUGCAGCUUUAAAAAGUGAAAAAAUUGAUGAUGAAUCGGUUUUGGAGUUGAAAAAACUAAAGAGUGAAACGAAGAAAAAAAAUAUUGAAAUCAAUGGAGAAGAGAACAAGUCGAAACAGGAGAAAGGUGGAGAGAAUCCAAAUGAUGAUGGUGCUAUAAGCGAUUCUGAUGAUGAAAAAGAGAAGCAGUGUAAAAAUGCUGGAAAUGAAGAGAGCGUUAAAAACGAGGAGGAAAUGGGUCGGCAAAAAAAGAAAAUGUUGCUGCAUAAAACUUCAAGCAUUUUCCUUCGAAGUGUUGCACCGAAUAUUACCAUGGAAGAAAUUGAAACGGCAUGUAAACGAUUUCCUGGAUUUUUGCGGAUUGGUCUUGCAGAUCCAGUACCGGAUCGGAAAUUCUAUCGGCGUGGUUGGGUAACAUUCAGACGAGAUGUCAAUAUUAAAGAAAUUUGUUGGAAUUUGAAUAGCGUUCGUAUAAAGGAAUGUGACCUGGGUGCAGUGAUAAAUCGAGAUAUAGCUCGUCGUGUGCGGUCCGUAAAUGGUAUAACAGGGCAUAAACAAGUUGCUCAAAAUGAUCUGCGGCAAGCAGCAAAGCUUACUGCUUUAUAUGACAAAAAGAAUGGACUCUAUCAAUCGGAAAAUCAAGAGGAACGUCAAAGCAGCUUUGAACUGGAUGUCGUAGCACAAAGCCAGAACCCAUUGCUAAAAAAUCUUACUGAUUUCCUCAUUGAAGAAGCGAGUGCUGAAGAGGAAGAAUUACUGGGAAUUUCAAGUGGAGAUAUCAUUGAAGAGGACCAAAAAGUUCCAUUUCAACGCGAUGAUGCAUUAAUCGCAAGACUUGAUCGAAUCAUAACUUAUCUCCGCAUCGUACAUUCCAUUGAUUUUUAUAAUCAUGGCGAAUAUCCAAAUGAGGAUGUGAUGCCAAAUAGAUGCGGAAUGAUGCAUGUUCGGGGAGCGCCACCAUCUGUAUCGCAGUGGGGAACUGAUGACAACGGUAGAACAUUGGUUGCACAAAAAUUCGUUUCUGAUUUCAUUGCCGGAUUCAAUAAUCGAAUAGAAACAGCUUUGAUGAGUGAAACUUUAUUAAGUGAAUCGGAACUGGACAGUUUGGGUAGAAAAGAUACCGAAAAAGAAGUGGAGUCAUUUAUCACAGCCAAUUGUGUUGAAUUAGCCAAAGACAAAUGGCUGUGUCCAUUAUCGGGAAAAAAAUUUAAAGGACCCGAAUUUAUACGGAAGCAUCUUACAACUAAACAUGGAGAGAAAUUGGAUCAAGUUCGACAAGAGGUAGUUUAUUUUAACAAUUAUUUGACUGAUUCAAAACGACCGCAGAAUUUGGAGGUGAAACCUGCUCAAGCGAUUCCACAAGUAGCACCACCACGAGAAGAGCGACGAGAACGUGAACGUGACUAUGAGGGCGAUCGAGGUCGGACAAGUGGAGGUGGUGGCAACUCAUCGUACGGCGAACGUGAUCGUCGGGGUGGUUAUGAGCGAAAUACAGGUGGCAGUAGUGGUGGACGAUAUGGGAGUUCCUACGGUGGCCGGAACUAUGAUCGUGGAGGAACAUCCCGGUAUUGGGAAUCAUCGGGAAGUGGUCGCCGUGACCCACGUGAACCAGUCACAUAUAAAGAUCUCGAUGCACCAGAAGAUAUUUUUUGA